AUGAACUUUUUAAAGACGCUUGGGGGCCUGGUUGGCUCUAAUGCCACGGGAGGUCUGCCCUUCUCGAUUGAUACGCCGUCAAUGGACGGAAAUGUGGCGGCCAGCGGCGCAGCUGGUGAGAGUGUCGUGUUUGAGGGGCUGUCGGACUUUGUGCUGCACUCGGGCAAGAGCAAACAGGACCCGAGCCAUGCCGUGUCCAUCUUCAAGUCUCGGAAUCCAUCGGGGCAGCUUACGCAGAACGCUCUGCGUCGUAUAAAGACACUGCGUCACCCUAAUAUUCUUGCUUAUCUGGACGGAACAGAAGUGCCUAAUAACGGUCCCGUGAUCAUCGUCACGGAGCACGUCAUGCCGCUGGCCGAUUUCCUCAUGACACUUCGUAUGGAGUAUGGAGUGCACAGCAGCGAGUUUUCUAUGUGCGUUUCCUGGGGCCUGCGCAGCAUUCUAAUGGCGUUGCAGUUCGUUAAUGUCGACUGCAAACUUAUUCACGGUCGCCUCGCGCCGCAGAGUAUCUUUGUCACUAAGGGCGGGGACUGGAAACUGGGUGGCUUUGAGCUGACAGCCGAGAUCACGAGCGAUGGCCCAUCGUACAUGUACACAGCUUUCCAACAGUAUGCAGAUACUAGCUACAAGUCACCAGAAUGCCAACGCUGUGACUGGAAGGCGGUGGCAACGGGACCGCCCUAUGGCAUAGACAUCUGGGCAUUUGCUUGCCUCAUGUAUUACGUUUUCAAUGAUGGUCACUUUCGAUCCAGCGACGUUUCGUCGGCCGCUAAUAUUCCACCGACCAUUCGGACUCAAUAUCGCAAAGCUAUCGACGAUAAGGCUGCUCGCCGACCAAGUCCACGAAAGAUGUUAAAUUGCAGCUACUUUGAUACGGCGUUUAUCAAACGGAUGGAUUUUUUGGAGAAUCUCGCUGUCAAGGAAUCGGAUGAGAAGGCAGCCUUUUACAAAGAGCUAUGUGCUAACUUAGAAACGCUGCCGCGCUGCUUUGGUGUGCACAAGAUAUUACCAGCUUUGAAACAGGUUGUCGAGUUUGGUGCAGCACCUGGUGCCAAGAAUGGACUUGUAAAACUGGACCCGUCGGCUAGUCACAUGCUUCCAGCUAUGGUGCAGAUUGGCAGCUCUUUGUCUGCCGAAGAAUUUAAGGCCGAGGUGCUUCCGAUUAUUAUCAAGCUGUUUAGUUGCAAUGACCGUGCUGUCCGCGUGCAGCUAUUGCAAAUGAUGGAAAAGUUUGCGGUCCACUUUGACGAAAAGCUUGUAAACAGUUUGGUUGUGUUCGACAACUUGUGUAGUGGAUUUUCAGACGCGGCUCCGGUGUUGCGCGAGCUUACUGUCAAGUCAAUGUUACACAUCGCAGAUAAGUUGUCAGAAAGCAAUCUUAACAACCGUGUCAUGAAGUAUUUUGCGAAACUUCAGUCCGAUCCGGAGCCAGCUAUCCGAACAAACACCACGAUCUGUUUAGGAAAAAUUGCCAGCAAAUUGAAUGAUACGACAAGACCAAAGGUGCUGUUUCCAGCGUUUGCGAAGGCGCUACGAGAUUCCUUUCCUCAUGCACGUCUUGCUGGACUUCGCUCAAUAACUGCGUGCCAAGUAUACUUUACACCGCAAAGCAUGGCGAGUAGCAUUGUCCCAGCGAUUUCACCUCUUCUUCUUGACGUUUCGACCACUGUCCGAGAUCAAGCAAAGAUCUCGCUUGACAGUUUUAUGAAGAAAAUAAUGGAUGAAGCUGCUCACAUGAAAACUCGGGAGGAGCCUGACGCAAAGGAACAUGAAGCGAAGCGCAUCUUAGGCGAAAGCGACCACGUUGGCGACGCUGUCGCAUGUGGAACUACUUCUUCAUCUUCUAAUGGUGUUUGUAGCUCGAGUGGAUAUGUAUCUUCUCUGACAGCUUGGGCCUCCUCGGCUGUUGCGUCAAACGUUGAUAAGCUGGUGGGAUGUGAUGGAUCGUUGUCUGCACGGUCUACAUUAGGGGCAUCAAUUGGAACUUCGUCGUUGCGUUCAUCUUUCCUCUCGGGUAUAAAGAUCCAAGACAAUGAUCUUAGCUCUUCUGCUUCAUCAUCGUCAUCGUCGACGCUCAACAGCUUUAACGCAUUUUCAGCGGAUGAAACUGCAGCUGGAAAUGGAUGGGGCGAUGAUGCCGACUUGGAUGGCUUAGAGAGCCCUAAGCGUACAAGGUCCGGUAUUGGCUCGUCGUUAUCGGUGAACCACGGGGCAACAUCAUCAUCGUCUCCAGCGGCAUCUUCGUUGUCUGAGUUGUUGUCUUUGUCGACAACAUCAGUUAAGCUAAGCGUGUCUCGUAAACCGGGAACGAAUCAAUCUUCUUUCGCAGUACAAAAGACGCCUUCAAGCUCAACCUUUGCAAUGAAUGCUGCUGACACUGAGUGGGGAGACGAUAAAUGGGGUGUUGACGAUGACUUGGAUUUGAACGUAUUAACACUUAAGGCGAACAGGCGUAGCCCGGGUUUCCAGAAGGAUAGCAAUGGACUAAGCAAGUCUUCACUUUCGACCACCGCUACAAUAGCACCAGUUGCGCCUGCCGGAUUGUCUCCCGAGCGGAAGACGGUCCGUGAACGCCGUGCAGAGGCAGCUCAUGCAAAAAGCAAGGUGAAGCAUCAACCUCUGGGUGCAAUGAAGCUGGAUUCUACGACCAAGGAAAAAACGGAUGACUGGAACUGGGAUUUCUAG